AUGUGGGAGCCGUGGCCCAGAGAAGGGCAGGAGCCUGCUGAAGCUGCAGGGAAGCCGGCCUCCCGUCCCGGCCUGGGGCUCUGCAGUGUUUGCAGGCCCUGCCCGGCCCAGCCUGGCCCGGGGCAGGCGGGGGUCCUCACAGCUGCUGGGAAUGGCCGCUGCCUGCAAGGAGGACCCGGGCAGGGGCCGGCUGGCCGUGUGGGCUCAGCCGCGUGUCACGGGGGCUGCCGGGAGGAGCGGGAGCGGGGCCCAGCCAGCAAAGAUGAGACCGCAAGCCGCAGUGAGGACGUCCCGUGGAACAGCCAGUGCUCUGGACAGAACGGCAUCGCGAAAAGGACCGAGAUGUGGUCCCAGGAGGACGGGGAGGACGGGGAGGACGGGCACGUGCGGCGUGGAGUCCUGAGGCCAGACGUGGGGCUCAGCGGGACGACCGGUGACCCUCGACAGAGGGUGGGCGGGGCCAGAUGCCAGGCUGAGGAGAGGGGGCUGGGCGAUGGCCAGGGGGUGCCCCGGCCGCCUCAGCCCGUGCCUGCUGGUCGGCGUCUGGCCGCGGCCCAGCUCCCCUUCCUCCGUCCACCGGGCCGCCUCCCCGUGCAGGGCCACGGCCAGCCCCGCUGGCCCGACAUUGAAGCCUCCCUCCCGUAA